UUGAAUACCUAAAAUAGGGACCGUUCCUACUGUCCUUGCACAAUCUGCACCAAUAACACCGCGCCCCAUACACUCCUUUACGCAAUCUUGUGUAGCAGAGCCAUACGGAGUCUAAAAACACCAUUUCUGAUAUUAUAGCUAGAACGCUCUUUCCCUUGCAGUAUUAUGUUACAUCCCUCCUUAUCCAAUCACAGCGCUCCCCAAAAUCGUCCUGCCCGCUCCCCGCUAUAAGAGCCCCGCUCGCCCCAGUCUGGCAGACAUCUCGCCCUCUCAGUGGCACACGAGAUUUACCGUAACACCGCCCACACCCCUUUGCAGGCCACAUCAUUACCUGUCGCGUUUGUUGAUGUUGUAGCCAGUUCACUGAAUCAGAGUCAGGAGUUAUUACGCACCUGCAAACUAUAGAAAGGUUUUUGAAGAGACGAUGCGGGAAGAGGAUUCCUCCCCAAUGGACAGUGCAGGGAACAGCGAGGAGGAGACCGACCGUCAGCUUCCGCGGAGAGGCGCGAGGAAGCGGCGGGCGACCCGGCGGCGCGCAGACGACGAGGAGGAGGGAGACGUUGAGAGUCCGAGCACCGGGAAGAAGAAAUGCAGAAAGAGCUGCGACGGAGGACGCGGCAGCGCAGGGAGCGGCGACAGCGAAGCCAGCAGCAGCCCCGCGCCCUCCUUCGAAGACCUACAGACACAGCGCGGGAUGGCCAACAUCCGCGAGCGGCAACGGACGCAGUCCCUCAACGAGGCAUUCACUUCGUUACGUAAGAUCAUUCCCACCCUCCCGUCGGACAAACUCAGCAAGAUCCAGACGCUGAAGCUGGCUGCCCGGUACAUCGACUUCCUGUGCCAAGUUCUGCAGACCGAUGACCUGGACGCGCGAGGAACCAGCUGCAGCUACGUGGCGCACGAGCGCCUGAGCUACGCGUUUUCGGUCUGGAGGAUGGGGGGCUCGUGGUCGUUGUCUACUACGUCCCACUAGCAUGGCUGCUGUUGAUGGUGCAGCACGAUUAUCCAGACUGAAGAACCAGUGGAGCAGGGCGACCAUAGACUGGAACAGGCUAAACAGCUGAGGGGCCAGCCGCGGUGCUUCAGGCCUCAGAGGAGAGCCGGCUUUUCAUAUUUCCCGUUGCAAGGACUGUAAUGUUUGCAAGGGAGCACUUAGGACAGACAGGAUGGAUAUAAAAUAGAAAGACCACUGCGACUAUGAAUGUUGUAAAAACAAAAUGAGCUCUGAGGAACUGCUCUGCUUUGAAACAUGAAAGAAAAAUGACAAUUAAUUCCCACAUUCCCUGUGACAAUGUUUCACAGCAAAUGAAGAAUUUUGUAUUUAUUUUUUUCUACACAGGCUCUAAAUUCCUUUUCCCCACUCAAAUAAAAGUUAUUUAUUUUUGGGAUAUCAGAAUGCUGAAUGGAUCAGGAGUCUGCGCAUUUGAGUGUUGUAUAUAGUAUUUGCUAAUAUCUUGAAUAAAAAAAGGUUGAAAAGUAUCACUCUUACCUCUCA